CAUCCCGGAAUGUCUUGAGAAUAAUAAAGUUGAGACGAGAAGAACCACAUCUCCAGAGCGGGUAGCCUACUAAAGCCAGAGAAACAUCGUCCCGUCCUCCUGACAACUUCUACUGUACACCUCACAGCCACAGUGAAACACGUAUUUCACACUCUCCAUAUAAACUUACUUGCAUUACAUCAAAAUCGUCAAGCUUGUGACUGUAAUGUGAUAGUGUAAGAUGAUAUUUGAGGGUUGAGAUGAGGUGCGGCCGGCAGCGGGGCGCGGCAGUGAGGUUGAGAACAACACAGCAUUAAGAGUCUAGUGUUGUCAUGAGCAGUCAGUAGUGAGCAUCAUGGCUCGCUCUCCCUCGCUGCGGACUAGUGAUAGCCUGGUGCUAUGUCUUGUUGUGCUACUGUGCUCUCUGUGUAGCUGCUGUCUGGGACAGCGACACCAGUUUCCCUUCAGUGAGAUACCACAGACGAGGUUAGAUGUUAUUGAACCAGAGGUAUACGGCCGGAGUUCACGAUGCUACAAUGAACUAGGAAAGGCACAGAAAUGCGUGCCGGAGUUCGUGAACGCAGCGUACAAUCGUCCAGUGGAAGUAACGAACACCUGCGGGGUACUGAGACCACAGGAGUACUGCUUGCAGACCGGUGGCUACGAUGGCUCUAAGAAGGCGUGUGAAAUCUGCGAUGCUUAUGUUCCCGAGCUGGCCCACCCUUCCUACUACCUUACUGACUUCAACAACAAUGACAACCACACGUGGUGGCAGUCAGAGACCAUGCACGAGGGUAUCCAGUUCCCCAAUCAGGUCAACAUCACACUCAGGCUCGGCAAGGCGUUCGACAUCACGUAUGUGCGGCUGUUCUUCCACUCUCCUAGACCCGAGUCCUUCGCUAUCUUCAAGCGUGGCACAGAAGACGAGGAGUGGACACCCUACCAGUACUACAGCGCCACCUGCCGCGACACCUAUGGCAUCCCAGACUCUACCUAUGUCAGGAAGGAUGACGAGACUCGUGCCCUCUGCACCUCCGAGUUCUCAGACAUCUCUCCAUUGACAGGCGGCAAUGUGGCCUUCUCCACGCUUGAGGGAAGACCUUCUGCAUACAACUUUGAAAACAGCUCCAAGCUCCAGGAGUGGGUGACAGCCACUGACAUCCGUAUCAUCCUGGACCGUCUUAACACCUUCAGGGAUGAGGUCUUUGGUGCUCCCAGGGUACUGAAGUCUUACUUCUAUGCCAUCACUGACUUAGCUGUGGGCGGCAGGGCUGACAACGUGGAGAUGGUUGUCAGGGAGGCUGACAACGUGAGGAUGGUUGUCAGGGAGGCUGACAACGUGAGGAUGGUUGUCAGGGAGGCUGACAACGUGAGGAUGGUUGUCAGGGAGGCUGACAACGUGGAGAUGGUUGUCAGGGAGGCUGACAACGUGAGGAUGGUUGUCAGGGAGGCUGACAACAUGGAGAUGGUUGUCAGGGAGGCUGACAACGUGAAAAUGGUUGUCAGGGAGGCUGACAACGUGAGGAUGGUUGUCAGGGAGGCUGACAACGUGAAAAUGGUUGUCAGGGAGGCUGACAACGUGAGGAUGGUUGUCAGGGAGGCUGACAACGUGGAGAUGGUUGUCAGGGAGGCUGACAACGUGAGGAUGGUUGUCAGGGAGGCUGACAACGUGAAAAUGGUUGUCAGGGAGGCUGACAACGUGGAUAUGGUUGUCAGAGAAGCUGAGUGGGCAGCGGAGAAUAAUGUGACACUCAGUGGUGAUCAGUUUCAGUUGCUUAUACAUGGAAAGAAUAAAGAACUCCAAAGGGACACUGUAUACAAAACUCGAGAGGCUCAUCAAAUAGUACGAAAGAAACACGUGCAAGACCUGGGAGUAAUUAUCUUGUAUUGCAAUGGAUAUUCCAACGCUGACUUUGACCGAGCGUAUACAGAUGGUCCCUUGGUGGACACUGCUUGGACUGUGCUGCAACCGUGUGUCCAACUUGAGCGAUGCAGAGUAAUAUAUGAACGUUCGCGCAUUCUUCAGUGUGCCAGUAAUGGCAUAUGUCAGUGUAAACCAGGAGUGACUGGGGACAAGUGUGACAAGUGUGCAUUGAACUACUUUGAUUUUGGACCUCAGGAUAGAGCUUUUGGAAUUAAGGGAUGUAAGGCCUGUGGGUGCAGUCUCGCAGGUAGUCGCGAUAAUCAGGCAAGUUGUGACCCCACAACAGGGGUGUGUGUGUGUAAGGAACAUGUUGAAGGACAGCAGUGUGACCACUGCAAACCUGGUUACUUCAACCUUGAUAGUGAAAAUGAGUUUGGCUGCACUCCUUGCUUCUGCUAUGGUCAUUCUUCCAUUUGCUCCUCUGCUGAUGGUUAUGCCCAAGGUGUCAUUGAGAGUGGCUUUGUGCGUGGUGAAGAGCGUUGGCAAGCAGAAGAGUCCAUCGGCAGAUCAGUGCCACUUAACUACAACUCCUUCACUCAGAGUAUAGCAGUGUCUGCCCCAGGAAGAAACAAGGUCUACUUUAAAGCACCAGAUCGCUUCCUUGGUGACCAGCGGGCUAGCUACAACCAUAAACUCUCAUUCUUCCUGCAUGUAGGAGAACUGGGUCCUCAGGCUAGCACUGAAGAUAUCGUCUUGGAGGGAGCUGGGCUCUCUAUCGCUGCACCCAUCUUUGCACAAGGCAAUAGUCUUCCAAGCACUGUGAAGCAAGAAUAUAAAUUCCGUCUCCAUGAGAAUUCUCAGUUUGGUUGGUCUCCACGUCUAGCAUCACGCGACUUUAUCUCUCUCUUGUCCAAUCUUACGGCAAUCAAGAUACGAGGAACCUACACCUAUGAAGGGCGAGGCUUUCUUGAUGAUAUCAAGCUAGACACUGCUCGACGUGGUGUAUUUGGUGUCAUGGCAAGUUGGAUAGAGAUGUGUACCUGUCCAGAAGGUUACGUAGGCCAGUACUGCGAGUCCUGUGCUCCAGGGUACAGACACAAGCCUGCUAGUGGAGGACCCUUUGCCUCCUGUAUUCCUUGUGACUGUAACAAUCAUGCAGACAUUUGUGAUUCUGAGACUGGUCGUUGCAUCUGUCAGCACAACACAGCUGGUGACCAGUGUGAGCGCUGUGCUAAAGGUUACUAUGGCAAUGCUCUGCGAGGCUCACAGAGUGAUUGCCAGUCAUGUCCUUGUCCUAGUGGUGGUGCAUGUAUCCAGCUUCCUGAUGACACUGUUGUUUGCCUUGAAUGUCCUACCGGAUAUGCAGGGCCUCGCUGUGAACUGUGCACGGAUAGUUUCUUCGGAGACCCUAAGGGUCGUCAUGGACCUCCUCGUCCCUGUGAAGCAUGUGACUGCAAUGGUAACAUUGAUCCCAAUGCUGUAGCAAACUGCAACCGCACAACUGGAGAAUGUUUGAAAUGCAUCUACAAUACUGGAGGCUUCUAUUGUGACCAGUGCCUGCCAGGAUUUUAUGGUGAUGCCUUGGCUUUACCAAAGGGUGAUUGUCGUCCAUGUCACUGUAACUCGUAUGGCACUGUAGCUGAGCGUUAUGGGCCACCUGUGUGUGAUCAGGUUACCGGACAAUGCCAGUGUAAGCCCCAUGUGACGGGUCUCAAGUGUAAUGACUGUGAGGCAGGGUUCUGGAAUAUUACAAGUGGAGUGGGUUGCGAACCAUGUGGUUGUGACUCAACAGGGGCACUAAAUGGCACUUGUGAUUUACAGUCCGGUCAAUGCUUUUGUCAAGUAGGUGUAACAGGACGCAAGUGUGACAUGUGUGAGCCCAAUCACUACGGCUUUUCUCGUAAUGGCUGCCAAGCCUGUGAGUGUGACCCCAUUGGCUCAGUUUCUCUUCAGUGUGAUGCUACUGGCCAGUGUCCGUGCCGAGAAAAUGUUGACGGUCGCAGAUGUGACCGCUGUGAGGAGAACACCUACGACAAACAAGCAGGAUGUAGAAAAUUGCCCUCAUGCUACAACCUCGUCCGAAGUGUCAGUGCACAUCGGGAGAGGUUGGCGGAACUGGAACGUCUCCUUGCAGACAUAGUAAGCAAUCCAACUGUGUUGAAUGAUGAGGACUUUGAGAAAAAAACAUUAUCAACGGUCAUGACACAAGUGGAGCAAUUAUGUGAUGCUCGGGAAGCUGCUCGCUCUGGAGGCGACAAAACUGUAGCGCAACACAUUGAGGAACUAGAGAAACGUAUCAAUGAUGUAAAAGAAUUGCUGAAUGGAAUACGGCGGGCAGCGGGUCGUGGUGCAGGCUUGGCGUUACUGGGAGAAUUUAACAUCACACAAGCUGAGGACAUCAUUCAGAGAGCUCGAGAGGCUCUUCAAAAUGCUCAAGUUUACCUAGAUGUGCAAGGAAAUGAUGCAUUGGGCAAGGCUUUUGAUCGUUCCAACCAAUUUGGCCAGCAGUCUGCACGCAUGUCAGAAAUUGCUAGGGAAGCUCGUCUGUUGGCUGAUGAACAAGAAGACGAAGCUGAAAGUCUUGAGAGGAUUUCUUAUGAAGCUCGCAAUAUCUCCAAUGAAGCUUACUUAUUAGCUCGCAAGGCACUUGAUGAUCAGCGCAACAUAACUGAUAUUAUAAAGGGUCUAAACAGUCAGGUGCGUGACCUUUGUUCACAUGAAAGGACAAUGCAAGUGGCCAAUGAAUCACGAGCACUUGCCAAAGACAAAUACGGUGAAGCACUGGCUUUCAGCACAGAGGCAUCUAGUAUUGAUCCAGUAAUAGAUGCUUCCCAGCUGAAGGAUCAAGCUACGGCCAUCACCCGCGAGGCUGAAAGGCUGAAGACUGAAACACAGCAGUUAAUGGAUGAUCGCAGCAAUUUGCUCGUGGACGUUCAGACUCAGAUUGAAGAAACUUCAGAACUGAAGAAUCGUGGAUGGACACAGCAGCAAGUUACAGCUGAACUCCUUUCAGAUACUUCCACAGCAGAGGGCCAAGCAAGCAAUGCUAUCAAGAAGGCAGAAAAGACACUUACAGAGGCCAAAAACACACUUACUGUUCUUGAGGGAUUUGACAAGCAAGUACAGGAGAGCCGUGGCGAGGCACUGAAUGCUCUAGUUCGUGUAGCAGAGAUCGAGAAACUAAUUGGAGAAGCUGAAGCACGUACUCUUGAUGCUGAGGAAGCACUAGUGGGGGCCGAGUCUGAUGCAAAAAAUGCACGUGAUAUUGCCAAGGAAGCACAGAAGACAGCGAGUGACGCUAGCAAAGAAGCUGGUGAUGUGCGAAUCAAAGCAGAUGCUACCAAAGAUGAAGCUAGUUCUCUGAAGGAUGAAGCAGAUCAGCUGGCAAGUAGGGUAGCAGGGACAGACUCAACUGUAAGCACAUACGAGUCUCAGGCAGACGAUGAUCAUCAGCAGGUGAUGGAAGCUCAGGAAAGAGCCAAUCAAGCUAAGGAUCGAACAGAUAUUGCCAGUGCUAAGGUACGUGAAGCGUAUGAAGUAGUACAAGAAAUCUUGGAUAUACUAGAGCGUUCACCAGACCUUGACCCAUCACAGCUGGAAAAUUUAGAACAGCACCUAGAGGAGGCAUGGCAAACUUACUACCAAAGCGGUUGUUCCCCCCCCCCCCCCCCCCCCCCACUCUUGGAAACUACAGUUACCGAGCUCCUAGAAGCUCGUAGUUGGCAAGAACGUCAGAUUUCACUGUAUGAAGAGGAGAUUAGAAGACUCCAAAUUGAGGUUGUUAAUAUAGAAGAAAUAAAGAUUUCCCUUCCUGAUGGCUGCUAUAGUCAAACUAAAUUAGAACCUUAAAUUAGUCCUAAGGAAUAAUACUUUUAAUGGUUGUAUACAAUCAGAAGCAGUGCAUAAAUGUGUUAUUAGAAUGUACACUAGACAAAAUAAUUUAUAGGUUUAAAUACUAAUUAAUAUACUAGUCUAGCAUUACUGCCAAUUGCUGUGCUCACAAUUCUUCCAUUCUUUCCUUUACUCCUGUAAGCUAGAUAAUGCAGGAUUCUUAAUAAACUUCUGCUCUCGCAUUCCUUUUUUUAAAACUGCAAUUUUAGUGACAAUGUUCUUUGGGAAAGGUAAUUUUAUUCAGCAUUUCAUAAAUGUUCAACUUACGGUACCAAAACUACCUGAAAAUUGAAAUUUACUCUAAAAUUUUAUAAUUUUCACAGUAUAUUUGUGUGAAAAGUAAUUGUUCUGGCAAUUAAGAAAGUUAUACCUUGUUAACACUGCUUAUUUGGAAUGUUAUACUGUACAUAUUUAGACUGGUGUAAAUUACACUUUGAAAUGUUUGAUGUUUAGAAAUUUAAAAAUUACAUGAAAAUACUGUUGUAAGUUGUAUUUUUCACACUGAGAAGUUCCAAUGGUAUACAUGUAAUUGAAGUGUUCAAAGUUGCACAGUAAGUACUCUGUAUUUAAGAAGUGUUGGGUAAUUUGCUGUAUAAAACUUGGCAGCAGUGACAUGAGGCUGUAUGGCCAGAACUUCCACAGGUUCAACCAAAGAUAUUACAAGAAUGUGAACAGAAACCUUUGUUCUGUUAUACUGCCAUUUUAGUGCAUUGUGAGUCUUGAUUAAAAUGUGCCAAUUCUUUAUACUGUACAAUGUGGUCAAAAUAAAACUAUUGUUUUU